AUGGAGGAAUUGAUGGACCACCACGGGGCGGGACCCCCAGGCAUGUACCAGCAGCAGCAGUACAUCUUGGUUGACGACCACGACCACUGGCCAGAAGCGCCGAAUGGGCUGCCCACCCCUGCCGCCUCCACUGCCGCUGCCACCCUGCUGCCGCCCCUGCCGGGCGUCCACACGGCCCCGCCUGGCAAGCCAGUCAUGAUGCAUGCGCAGCCUGUGGAGGACGAGGCGACCGAGUCGGAGGAGGAGCACGCGGCGCAGGGGCGAUCGGCGGCGCUGGCCUGGCACCACGGCCCGGCAGUGCACCGCCCCGAGUCGGCGGUGACGGCCGCCUCGCAGCCGUCACCCACGCCCUCGGUCAGCUGGACGGCGCCGGUGGCCCCCAUGGCGGCAGCGCCAGCGCCAGCGCCUGCCACCAAGGGCAGCAAGGCGUCCAAGCCGCGCAAGCCGGGGGGCAAGGGGGGCAUCACGCUGCGCCUGCUGAUAGAGGAGGGCAUCCUGCAGCCGGGCCAUAAUGUGCUGUCAGUUGACUACAAGGGCAUGAAGCAGAUGGCGACGCUGAUGCCGGAUGGCCGCAUCUCCAGUGCCAUUGGAGGGCAGCACAUGGUGUUUGAGUCGCCCUCCGCCUUCAGCAUCUACCUGAAGCGCCUGGUCAACCCCACGCGCAAGGCUGACGACGGGUGGAAGACUGUGCGGGUGCUGGAGCAGUUCAAGACGGAGCUGGCAAAGCGGCGAAUGGGGGACAGCAGCAGCGGUGCACCUGCACCCGCACCCCCACCACGAGCCAUGCUCUCUGGUGGCGAGCGGCAGCAUGCUCCCGCACCCAAGCGAGCCCGGGUAGACUCCAGCAGCGACCUCACAGGCGGCUCCAUGGCUAUGUCAGCAACUGUGAAGGAGGGCGACCGCAAUGUGCUCAAGCUCAAGUUUGCCCGGCCUAAGAGGGCGGAGGAGGGGGCGGUUCCAGCAGCGGCACGGCAAGGCGUUGGCCAAGCGGCGGCAGCAAACCCGCAGGCCCCUGCGGCACCUGAUGAGCAGGGGGAGCUGGGCGACUACUCACGGUCAAGACCACGCCGGCAGGUGCACAAGCCGCCGCGGUAUGCAGCGCUGGGCCAAGAUGAUGAGCACGCGCUGCAGCCGCUGGAGGCGUAUGGCCCGGGCCCGCCAGGAGCGCCAGGCGCGCAGCCGUACGCGUUGUACGUCUCCCCGGCGGCCGUUGUUAUCAUGGACCUCCAUGCCCACCUGUGCAAAUUGCGUGAGCUUGCCACUGAGGAUGACAGCAUCAAUGUAGAAAUGGAUCCAGAGGAUGAAUGGCGCAUGCGGCAGCAGGUGCUGCAGCAGCACCACCACCGCGAUGAGGCAUCUGGUGCGGAGCCGUACAUUGCAGCCAUUGUGGGCCCGUACGACAAGCGGCUGAACAGCCCUUGCAGCAGCAUCACCUGGUUCUAUGUUGACCACCAGCCAGGCACGCUGCCAAGCGCAGGCCAGCGCCCCGAGGACGUGGGCUGUGUGGCCAAAGCACUGCAGACCGUGCAGCUGCCGGACAAUGGCAGCUGCAAUGUCCAGGCAGAGAUUAUGGCUAUGCCGGCGGGCAGGAUGCUGGAACUUACACAGCGGUAUGCCACCAAGCGCGACGCAGUUGACAUGGCGGGCGUGUGGAGGGACGGCACCAGCUGCAUCCAGAAGCUGGUAGCUUCCCUGCUGUGGGGCCCCAGCCAGCAGCAGGAGUUUGGCGCCCGGGUGCAAACUAUGUGA